AUGCAACCUCUGGAGGAAUGGGUAGUUGAACUUGGGCACCUGGUCUGUAAAGAACUGUGGGUGGACAAUGGUUACCGAACCUUGCGAUGGUAUACAGUCCAGCAGUACCCGUGUCUAGCUGAGGGCAACAACUAUUAUGGCCCUGGUCUUUUGUGGGAGAGCUUUGACGAUCGCCUGGAUUUCGAAGACCCAGACCCUUUCCGCUUCUGGUACAUCCGAGAGAAACGGGAGGACUACUUGGACCUGGCAGGGAUAGCGGAACUGCAGUUUGAUCUGGAUCAUCUGGCUAACCUGGAGGAAGGGGAGAUCAAACAGGACUAUGUACACCUGUUUCAAA